AUGGCUGUUGGUUAUGGGUUCUACAAUGUUUCUUUCGGCCAAACCCCAGACCAAGUUAACGCAGUUGCACUUUGUAGAGGUGAUUUAAUUUCGAACCCUGAUGUUUGUCUCAGCUGUUUCAACAAUGCUACCACUGAGCUCAGAAAAGGUUGUCCUGACGAGAAGGAAGCAAUUUUAUGGAAUGAGAAUUGUAUGUUUCAUUAUGCAAAUCGCUCCAUCUUUGGUGUUUUGGACAGUAACUCCUUUGCCUCUUCGGAUGGGAAUAAAGUCGCAAAUGCCAGUGUUUUUGAUGGUGUCCUGAGUCCUCUGUUGAAAAGCCUGAGAAGCAAGGCAGCGGCUGGUGAUUCUCUUUUGAAGUUUGCGACAGGGACGGCGGCUGUUUCAGCUUUACAGAACAUUUUUGCACUUGUCCAGUGCACUCCAGAUAUGUCCCAGCCUCAAUGCAACGAAUGCUUGUGUGAUGCCAUUGGACAAAUUCCAGAUUGUUGUGACGGUUGGCAAGGUGUUAGAAUAUUUGGGCCAAGCUGCAAUCUUAGGUUUGCGAUUUCUCCUUUCUAUAAUCUAACUGCUGAUGGACUAGCACCACCUCUGUCUCCUCCGGCCUCAAAUGAUACCCCAAAUACAUCACCAGGAGAAAAUGAGAAUUCACCUCGGAUUAUCAUAAUCAUAGUUGUCUCAGUUGUUGGUUUUCUGAUUCUCAUCAUUUGCAGCUGCAUCUGCUUCUUUUUCUGGUUGAGGAAAUCAAAGAAGAGAAGGCAUCCGCUGAAUGAAAUUGAAGAUGAAGAUGACAAUGCUGAAGCUUUACAAUUUGAUUUCAAUACAAUAAGAAUUGCAACUGAUAACUUCUCCAGAGUGAACAAACUUGGAGAAGGUGGAUUUGGUGCUGUUUAUAAGGGCACGCUUCAAAGUGGAAAAGAUAUAGCUGUGAAGAGGCUUUCGACAAAUUCUGUUCAAGGAGAGCUGCAAUUUAAGAAUGAAGUUAGGCUAUUGGCAAGACUUCAACAUAGGAAUUUGGUAAGGCUGCUAGGUUUUUGCUUGGAUGGAGAUGAAAGGCUUCUCAUCUAUGAGUUUGUUCCUAACUCAAGCCUUGACCACUUUAUAUUUGAUCCAAUCAAGCGAUUACAACUUGAUUGGGACACGAGAUACAAAAUCAUAGGGGCAAUUGCAAGAGGAAUUCUUUAUCUUCAUGAAGAUUCUCGAUAUCGAAUUAUUCAUCGUGAUUUAAAAACUGCAAAUAUUCUGUUAGAUGAAGAAAUGAACCCUAAAAUUUCAGACUUUGGGCUAGCAAGGUUAUUUGCAAAUAAUCAAAGUCAAGCUGAUACAGGAAUAGUUGCUGGAACAUUGUAAGUAUAAACAUUUUUUGGAACA